AUGAUACAUGUGGCCCAUGUCUCAUCUUCCCAUGCAGGACCCUCUGGCGCUGCAGACAAAUAUUAGUCACUGGGAACUGAGAGAAUGUCCUCCAGGGAUUUGACAAUAAGAAUGACUUUAUUAUUACAGAACACAGUUGGUAUCCUAGAGAAUUUUUCUCUUCUUUUCCAAUAUAUCUUCCUUUACUUCCGUGGAUGCAGGUCACGGUCUACAGACUCAAUUCUCAAGCACCUGACUGUAGCCAAUUCCUUGGCCAUUCUCUCUAUAGGAGUCCCCCAGACAUUGCUUGCUUUUGGGUUAAAACAUUUCCUCAAUGAUUCUGGAUGUAAGCUUGUUUUAUAUCUUCAAAGGGUGGCCAGGGGUAUGUCCAUUUGCACCACCUGCCUCUUGAGUGUCUUCCAGACCAUCACCAUCAGCCCCAUACACUCCAGAUGGGCAGAGAUUAAACUAAAAGCCCUAAAGUACAUUGGUCCCUCCAAUAUCCUCUGCUGGAUACUACACAUGCUGGUCAACACCAUUUUUCCUGUUCAUGCAUCUGACAAAUGGAGCAACAAUUCUAUCAUAAAGAAAAAUGUGUUGGAAUACUUCUCUACUGUACAAAAUUACAGCAUCACAUUCUCACUCUAUGCAGCCUUGAUAUCCUCCCAUGAUGUUUUAUGUUUGGGAUUCAUGUCCUGGGCCAGUGGUUCCAUGGUUUUCAUCCUGUACAGACACAAGAAGCAGGUCCAACACAUUCAUAGGAACAACAUUUCCCCCAGAUCCUCUGCUGAGACCAGAGCAAAUCAAACCAUCCUUGUCCUGGUGAGCACCUUUGUAUCAUUUUAUGCCCUCUCCUCCAUUAUUUAUGCUUAUUUAGUUCUCUUUAAUAAUCCUAGUUGGUGA